AUGUCCAACCAAACCAACUUUGUUGCCCCCAUCGGCUGCUUGUCAGAACACCUUGACUACUUCAAUGACAACAUUGCUUCAACCGGUGACUUUGAUGAUAUCUUUGCCAAAGACUUUGACCUUGUGUUUGAUCCCGAGUUGUUGGCUAGUUUGGCUUCCGGUGAUCCAGCACCAACACCCGUUGUGGUCGAACCGUUCCAUCAUCCCAUGCCAGUGGUCAUUCCCAGCACCACCACCUACAUUCCCCCCGCGGCUCACUACAAUAGGCCUGUGGCGCCCGCCAGUAACCCUCAUGCUGCUGUUGUAACUCCGGCCGCGCCUCCCAAGCCCGUUGCCGUCCUCAAGCCUCAGGCUACCAAGGCAGCAGCGCCCAAGCGCAAGGCCGCACCUGCGGUUGUGUCUCCUCCUUCGGUGACUCAGGUCUUUGAAUCCAUUCCUGCGGCAGCACCCAAGAGCAGCCCCCGCAAGAGGAGUUUCUCCACCAUCUCCAAGCCCGCACCUGUUGCUGCUCCGGCCGCCGCAGCUCCCGUGUCGAGCGCGGAAGCUAACCUUUCCUUUGAGGAACAAGAAGAUCUGCGACGUGAACGCAAUCGUCACCAUGCCAAGCGCAGCCGCCAACGCAAACGCGACUACAUGAACCAACUGGAAGACGCUGUCAAUGACAUGCGCAAGGAGAACGAGCGUCUCUUUGAUCUCCUCGGAAUGGACAGUACACGUGCCAAGGCCAACAUGGCCCAAGAAGAAGAGCGCAAACAGGAACGCGCCACGGCCAAAUUCAUUGCCGGGCUCAAGCAACCACGCAACCGAGUGUUGGACAACACCACCUUGGCGUUCCUUCGAGAGCUCUGGAAAUAA